CCUCUGCCCUGUCAGUUUGACUGUAAGUCAGUUGGCGCUCCUGUUUGGAUUCUCCUCACUGAAAAGCAGAUGAAGCGCAGGAUAAGGGCAAUGCCACACCAAUUUGGAGUGUCUGGACCCUCUAACCAGGACAACCAGAGCUCAAGAGCACCGUCCUCUGGCAAAAAGAAAAACAUCCAGUGAUUGUGUUGGAUUACACCCCAUCAACUUCAUGUAAUCCCUCCAUUUAUUGAAGGACCUUGGGCACUUUGUUGUAUAUCUGUUUUUGGUCUUGGGCUAAUUCUUCACAGCUCCUACUGCCAAAAGCAUAUCAACAAAAAUGACUUCAUAGCCACCACAGAAUAGAAGAAAAGCAACACAAAGCAUGGAGGCUUCAAGUUCUGCUCGUGCGGGGACUUCCCCGUCUUCACCCAUUUUGCCCACCUCCCCUGCUCCCUCCUCUCCUGGCUACUUGCAGUUCUUUUGGGAGUACCAGAACAUUUCUGUCAUCACGGAACAUUACAACUUCACGGGCAAGCUGCAGAAAGACCGCUACCGUGAGGGGCUCAAACCCGAGGGCAUUGCAUUCCUGGUGGUGUGCCUCCUCAUCGUCCUGGAGAACGCAGUGGUUCUCAUUGCCAUCUGGAGGAACAAGAAGUUCCACCUGCCCAUGUAUUACCUGUUGGGUAACCUGACUCUGUCUGACCUGCUGGCUGGGAUUGCCUACAUGGCCAACAUCAUCAUGUCCGGACCUAAUACUUUGAAACUGACGCCACUGCUGUGGUUCCUCAGGGAGGGAGGGGUCUUCAUCACUCUGGCAGCCUCCAUCAUUAGUCUGCUUGCCAUCGCAAUUGAACGCCAUGUUACUAUGGUGACUAUGAGGCCAUACCACGGGGCAAAGCGAGGAAGGAUGUUGGCACUGAUUGGUGCAAGUUGGGCCCUGGCAGGCUUUUUGGGGGUCCUACCAAUUCUGGGAUGGAACUGCAUCUACAGACUGGACCAAUGUUCAACAGUGCUCCCGCUUUAUGCCAAGAGCUACAUCCUUUGCUGCGUAUCUGUGUUCAGUGCAGUGCUCCUGGCGAUCGUGGUCCUUUAUGCCAGAGUUUUCCGCAUCGUCCGCACCAACACACAGCGCCAGCGGCUUGGCCUGUCGGGCAGUAUGCGAAAAGGCUUAGCGAGGAAGUCGCAGAAGUACAUCGCCCUCCUCAAGACGGUCACCAUUGUGCUUGGCGUCUUCAUCGCCUGCUGGCUGCCCCUGUUCCUCCUCCUCCUCCUGGAUUUUUUCUGCCCAACCCGCAGCUGCCACUUGCUCUACAAGGCUGACUAUUUCCUGGGAGUAGCCAUGGUCAACUCGCUCCUCAACCCCAUCAUCUAUACCCUGACCAGUAAAGACAUGAGGAGAGCCAUUCUGAGACUGCUCUGUCGGCCGUGUCUGAUGACUAGAGACGGCCAAGUAAAGAAGAUCGGGAUGCCAUUCCUGGAGUGUAGUUUCAGUAAGACUGAGGUGGCCUCCCAGAAGUUAGAGGGGGGACUGGAGACGACCAUUUCCUCUGGGAACGUCAUCACUGCUCCAUCUCCAAUUAAAACACUUUACCCCAAACUCUUCAAGUCAUAAGGACAUGGACUGAUGGGUUGAGUCCAUAAAUGUGUGAAUGGGUUUCCCACUAAACAGAGGACAUGUAGCACAUGUGUAUAUUCUAUAGAGAGGAAGCAUUCCUGGUAUUUUCAACUCUGGAGUAGAGCCAGAAACAGAUAUUACAGAGGCACAAGAGAAUCGUGUUUAGACAAAUGUCUCACCUUGACAUGUCAAAAGUGAUGCAUUGUAGAAAUAUAACAACAUCCAUGAACUUCUUUCUGACAUGAUUACAGAAUAAAAGGCUAUGAGGAUGCUUCUCAAAUGUGAACAAGGAAACAAAGUUUGAAACAAUUAUAAUGCAAGUGAUGAGUUUCCUUAACUAAUUUGCACUGAAAUAUCACAAUGAAUGGAGCAGCAGCCUUGGAUUCAAUUUUCCUGUGGUUCUGUACAUUGUGUCGAAGCCUGAAAGGACAUUUCCGUAAACCCACAGACUUUCAUGACUGAAAAAGUGUAAAUUGUGUAACAUUUUCACCCAGGGCCACUGGGUUAAUGGUGGGUGGGACCAUCUUUUUCCCCUUUGUGCCAUUUAUCAAAGUGCCUUAAAUACAUCACAGAGACUUUGGUGUGCUAGAUUUUAUUUGAUAAAAUCAUGCUGUACCCCCUACAUCUGCAUGCACAUAGAGAGAGAAAAAGAUAACAGAAAAAAAGAGGUGGCACUCACUUUCAACUUGUGAAACAGCUCAGUGAAUAGUGUUGUUGCACUGUGGUGGGUGUGAGGUAGGUGUAAAAUUUGAAUCUGUUUUAAAAUGACAGAUGGUUAACCAAUCUGAUACCAAGUGGACAGUUAUGGGGGUUGGUGUCCUAUUUUCUGAAAUGUCAGUCUGGCAUCUGCAGGAAAACUUCUACUGCAGCCAAAACAUCAAAAUGUCAUCAUACAAUGUGAUUGACUGACAGAUGUGACAGUGCUUUUGUUCUGUUGUGACAUGCUGAUAAUUUAGCUCCAACAGAAUCAGCUACAAUCACCUGUAAGAACAUGUCUGAUGGAUGAUUUCAUCAAACACUUAUAUUUCAACUUGCAAAUGAAGUUGUAGAUUUAAUUAAUCAUCAUCAUCCAGCUGCAUCGGGGGUUUUAAGAGCAAGAAUGUGCCUGCACUUGUUCAUAAGCUAAAUCAUGCAGACUCAAGGCAGAUUCAUCAUUGAGCAAUUUUUCCAAUACUUCCCAUCACUAUUCAUCAUUUUAGCAGAAUGUUUCCUGUUAUAGUUUAAGGUACUGAAUUUUCCUUAUUAUGAAAUGAAUUUGACAUCAGUCUUUUUAUACAGAUGUUUUUUUGUGCAGUUUCUCCAGACCUUAAUGAAUGAUCUUUUUUGUACUGUAAUUCAUGUAGUGAACUUUUUGUAUUUCUGAAGACAUUUUAUAUCAUCUAUAUUGUAAAUUAUAUCUAUUUUGUAACAAGAAAGGGCUAGCAAACUUUACCUUUCUUUUUAUAUGAGAAAUAAAAUGUUUUCUUAAGUGAU